AAAAGAGAACUCUACUCAAAGGAUAGAGAACUCUACUCAAAGGAUAGCAUACUUAGAACAUUAAAUUGAAAAAACCAGUUUAGAUAGGAAAGAAAAACCCAACAAACUAAUAGUUAAGAGAGAGAAAGAGAGACAUAGUUAGAGAGAGAGCAGAGACACCGUUCGGAGCUCAGCUGAAUACGGUUGUGGCCCCAGCGCUCCGCUGCAGUUUUACACUCAAAAGGACCUCAUGUCUAACAUAGAGGAGAACAAAGAUCUAGGACAGAUGGACGUGAAUGCAUCUGAUAAGUCAGCUAACAUGCCAUCAUCCCAAAAGCAGGAGGAGGCUGUAAAGAAAAAGUAUGGAGGAAUGCUGCCCAAAAAGCCGCCACUCAUAUCUAAGGACCAUGAGCGUGCUUACUUUGAUUCUGCGGAUUGGGCACUUGGAAAGCAAGGCGGAGACAAGCCUAAGGGGCCACUUGAAGCUCUUCGGCCUAAAUUACAGCCGACGCAGCAGCAAACACGUUACCGGAAAUCUCCAUAUGCUCCUUCAGGAGAAGAAGGGGGAAGUGUUCCAGCCGAGGAUGUGCCUUCGAACGAGUAAGCAGUAGUCAGUCUUUUGAUGAUGUGCUGACAAUUGUUCUCAUUCCUGCCCUGAGUGAGUAGGUAUCACUUUUUGUUGUUUUCAACAAUAAAGGAAGCUUAUCAUGUAUUCAUUAACUAACUAAAUUGCCAUGUGUUGUUGUCCUUUUCAACAAUAAAGGAAGCUUAUCAUGUAUUCAUAUUAGCACAAGACAAGUGAUUUGAUCUACACCUACACAAUAGACAUUUACUUGGGAUUAUGAUUUGUGUUA